AACUGGUAUGCAUUUGAUUUUUCUUGACAAACGUUCUCUUCGGAUCUUUGCAUGGAUUCCGUGACGCUGGCGGCAUGGAGCUCGUGUGGUUUGCAAGAGUAUCGAAGGAUGGAUACCUUUGUAAUCGGCCAUCCAAGUCAAGGCAAGCCGUGGGACUAUGUUCGCCGUAGUUCCUUUGUGGAAACACCACAUGUAAGCUCCACACCGGCACUUAAGCCCAGGAUCGAUGUCAGCUGGCAGGCCAAACUUUCGAUGUUCAUCACCACGCUCCUGCAUUACCUGGCACGGAUCUCUAAGGUUACUGGUAAAUUCGUGGAAUACAUUCUCAACGUUUUCUACAUAAACGGCGGAUUCAUCAAAGUCUGCAACAAGAUUUUGGCUGGUGAAUUCUUAGUAAUGCCCGUGGAAGGCUCGGAAAAUUACUGGAGCAUUGUGGGGAUGCUAGACCCGAGAUUGGAGCUGAUGACCGAAAGUUCCGACGAUCAGAAGCUUCAGAAAUCUGAAGGCAGCAGUUUCUUUGAAGUGGUUCCCGGAUCAAAAGUCGUGGCAGACGUGUGCAUCAUGGCUUCGAAGCUUGCGUACGAAAACCCGGCGGUUGUAAACAAAGUUGUUACUCAGAUCUGGAAGAUGUCCCUUGUGAAUGUGUUCGAGUGCAUCAACAAGAACCAAGAGAAUAAUCCAACACAGGUUUUCCUGUUCAUGGAUGCACCUCAGGACGCCGGCGCAAUCGUUGUCACGUUCAGAGGAACCAUGCCGUUCAACGCAUAUGACUGGAGCACCGACUUUGAUUUCUCCUGGUACCACCUUCCGGGGGUCGGAAGAAUUCAUGUGGGCUUUAUGGAAGCUCUCAGCCUGGUGGAUCGCCACGACAUGGAAUCCUUUACAAGGCUCAAGAAGCACAGCUAUCAAAACGUUCAAGGCAAAGAGCGCGUCACUUCCGGCUUGCCAGAGGCUAAAAACGAGGACAGGAAGCUCUCGUUGGCCUACGAUUCGACCAAGGACAAGUUGAAGGAGCUUGUGAAAGCCAACAAGAGCGCCAAAGUCUACAUUACGGGACACAGCCUUGGUGGAGCUCUGGCCACUGUUUUCACGGCGAUGCUGUUCUAUAACAAGGAAGACUCGGUGACGGAGAGGAUAGCAGGGGUGUAUACUUUCGGCCAGCCUCGAGUUGGAGACAUGGAUUUUGCAGACUACAUGGACGAGAAGCUCAAUGACCCGGUGAACCGCUACUUUCGGAUCGUUUACUCCAACGACAUCGUUCCCAGGAUCCCGUUUGAUGAUAUAUUCUUCCAGUUCAAGCACUUUGGUCUGUGCUUUUACUUCGACCAUAACUACGCUGCAAAGACGCUGCUCGAAGAACCAAAUAAGAACUUCUCAAUCAAGUACUUCAUCGCGACACGGAUCACGGCAGCCUGGGACUUGAUUCUAAGUUUCAGGAGGAGCUACUUGCAUGGGUCGCAGUUCAAGGAGACGAUGGCAUCCCGUGUGCUUCGCGUUGCAGGGCUGUUCUUUCCUGGGAUUGUGGAUCACAAUCCUGUAAAUUAUGUCAACUCUAUCCGGCUUGGACCAAGAGUUUUGCACACCGAAGUUCACAUGCAAAAGCUUCUGGAGCUGCUAAGAAUGCAUGGCUACACGAAGAUGGAUAUCUCUCAAUAAACAUUGUCUACAACGUUAACAUAAGAUCAGUGAUAUUUUCAUGUCUAUUAAAUGUGUAUAGUUCUUGGCGAUAAUCCUACUGCUAGACCCACGUGGCU